UUUUCUUUUUUUUUACUCUUCUUUUAUAACUUUGUUUUUUUUUGUUUAAAAAAAAAAAUUCUUGCAUUUUAUGUCUACUACUCAAGUAUCACCCGAUAAAUAUACCCAAGUUAGAAACGAUAUCGCAAAAGCUUUUCCUGACGAAAAUUAUGAUGAUGGAUCUUUUGCCCCUGUUGUACUUCGUUUAGCAUGGCAUGCAAGUGGUACUUUUGAUCGUAAAUCAAAAGAUGGUGGUAGUGAUGGUGCCACAAUGCGUUAUAAAGCUGAAGCUGAGGAUCCUGCUAAUGCUGGUUUAGAACAUGCUAGACACUUUCUUGAACCUAUUAAAGCUAAAUAUGCUUGGAUUUCAUAUGCUGAUUUAUGGACACUUGCGGGUUGUGUAGCUAUUGAACAUAUGGGUGGUCCACAUAUCGAUUGGACUGGUGGUCGACGUGAUAAGGGAAAUGAAAUAGAUUGUCCUCCUUUAGGUCGUUUACCUGAUGCUGCAUUAGGUAAAGACCAUGUUCUUGAUGUCUUUGUCUCUCGUAUGGGAUUCACUGUUCAAGAAACAGUGGCAUUAAUUGGUGCUCAUACUGUGGGUCGUUGUCAUACUGAUCGUUCUGGAUUUGAUGGACCUUGGACAUAUAAUCCAACUCGUUUUUCAAAUCAAUUCUAUAAACUCUUGCUUAAUGUGAAAUGGGUUGAAAAGAAAUGGGAUGGUCCUCGACAAUUUGUUGAUGAAGAUGAUGAAAUCAUGAUGUUGCCUACUGAUAUGGCCUUAUUAGAAGAGCCUUUUAGAGAAUAUGUUGAACUUUAUGCUAAAGAUCAACAAAGAUUUUUUGAUGAUUUCGCAGCAGCUUUUCUAAAGUUAAUUGAAUUAGGUGUUGCUAAAAGAGCCAAGAUAUAAAAAAAAAUGAUUCAAAUACAAUCACAUAUUAUUUGUAUAUAAAAGGGAGAAGUGUACGUACGUAUGUAUGUAUGUAUGUAUAUGUAUUUAUAUAUCAAUUCUCUUCCAUAAUAAUAAAUUCAAUAUACACUUUACAUUUC